AUGGCUGCUACUCUCUCCUACCGGUUCUACAAGAGUAUUCUCCUCUUGUCUGCGUUCCUGAGCAUUGCUCAGGCGCAGCAAGCAGGCACACUCACCACCGAAACUCAUCCGUCCUUGACUUGGGAAACCUGUACCAGCGAAGGCAGCUGCACUGUCACCACUGGCUCCGUUGUCAUUGACUCGAACUGGCGCUGGAUUCACGAUGUCAACAGCUCUACCAACUGCUACACUGGCAAUACUUGGGACACUACUCUUUGCCCUGACGAUGUCACAUGCGCUACCAACUGCGCACUUGACGGCGCUGACUACUCAAGCACCUACGGUGUCACCACCAGCGGCAGUGAAGUUCGUCUGAACUUUGUCACUGACAACUCCAAUGGCGCGAAUAUCGGAUCCCGUCUUUAUCUGCUGGAGGACUCCACUACCUACCAGGUUUUCAAUCUGCUGAACCAGGAGUUCACUUUUGACGUCGAUGUGUCCAAUCUUCCUUGUGGAUUGAACGGUGCUCUCUACUUUGUCGACAUGGAUUCCGACGGUGGUAUGGCACGAUUCCCAGCAAACAAGGCUGGAGCCAAAUACGGAACUGGCUACUGCGAUGCUCAAUGCCCUUCGGACCUGAAGUUCAUCGACGGUGAAGCCAACUGUGAUGGCUGGGUUGCCUCGACCAACAAUAUCAACACUGGUACUGGAGGCCAUGGCUCCUGCUGUGUGGAGAUGGAUGUUUGGGAGGCCAACUCUGUCUCGAACGCACUGACUCCCCACUCUUGCGACACUCCAGGCCAGACUAUGUGCGACGGAGAUGCCUGUGGAGGAACAUACAGCACUGACCGCUAUGGCGGUACCUGCGAUCCUGAUGGAUGUGACUUCAACCCAUACCGCAUGGGUAACAAGACCUUCUACGGUGACGGCAUGGUUGUCGAUACCUCUUCCACUUUCACCGUGGUUACUCAAUUCAUCACCGACGACGGAACUUCCACUGGUACAUUGAGCGAGAUCAAGCGAUUCUACGUCCAGAAUGGUGUCGUUAUCGAUCAGUCCGAGUCUACCAUCAGCGGUGUUACCGGCAACGUCAUCGACACAGACUUCUGCACUGCCCAGAAGACUGCCUUCGGCGACGAAGACACCUUCAGCACCCACGGAGGUUUCAGCUCAGUCAGUGCCGCACUCGCUGACGGCAUGGUCCUUGUCCUGAGUCUCUGGGAUGAUUACUACGCCGAUAUGCUCUGGCUCGACAGCAUCUACCCAACCAACGACACCUCCACCACCCCCGGUGCUGCCCGUGGAAGCUGCGACAUCUCCUCCGGUGUUCCUGCUACCAUUGAGGAUAGCGAGGCUAGUGCCUACGUUACUUACUCCAACAUCAAGACCGGUCCCCUUGGCUCUACCUACAGCUCCGGCACCAGUGGAUCCAGCUCCAGCUCCUCCAGCUCGACAAGCUCCGCCACCUCCAGCAAGACCUCCACUACCAGCAAGACAACCACCUCCACCUCCAGCAAGACAACCACUACCAGCAAGACAACCACCUCCACAAGCUCCAGCAGCACCGGUGCUGCUCACUACGCCCAGUGUGGUGGUUCGGGAUGGACUGGUGCUACCACCUGUGUUAGCCCAUACACCUGCACCGUGCAGAAUGCCUACUACUCCCAGUGCCUGUAA